AUGCAUGGUGGGUUUGCCUACCUGCUGUCGUCGUCAUUGUUGCAGAGACCAGUGACCUUUGAGGAUGUGGCUGUGUACUUUUCAGAGCAGGAGUGGGCCUUGCUGGAUCUGGCUCAAAGAAGCUUGUACAGGGAUGUCAUGCUCGAGAACUAUGAAAAUACAUCUUUGCUGGGAUCUCCUGUCCUCAAACCCUCCCUGAUCUCCAGCUUAGAAGAAGAGGAGGAACCUUGGGUGCCAGAUCCACAGGCCCUGGAGGAAAGGAAAGCCUUGGACUCCAGCUCUGCAGGUGACAAGAAAAAAAGGCACUUUUGCCCAGAUUGUGGGAACAGUUUUACGGUGAUAGCGAGUCUCGUGAGGCACCAGAGAUCCCACACGGGGGAGAGACCUUACAAAUGCCUCGAGUGUGGGAAAGGGUUUCGCGACAAAGGAGGCCUAGUCAAACACCGGAGAAUCCACACUGGCAAAAAGCCUCACGAGUGCCACGAAUGCAGGAAAAGGUUCACGGAGAGAGACGCGCUUAUUCAGCAUCAGAAAACCCAUCUUGGUGACCUGAGGAAGCGCUACCUGUGCCUGGAGUGCGAGGUGAGCUUUCUCAGCAAAGGAGGCCUCGAGAGGCACCAGAGGGUCCACGCGGGAGAGAGGCCCUUCCAGUGCCCUGAGUGCGAGAAAAGCUUCUACGACAACGGGAGCCUGGUGAGGCACCGGAGGACCCACCAGCAGGACAGGCCCUUCCCCUGCCUCGAGUGCGGGAAGCGCUUCAACAUCCGGUCCAACCUCACCAGGCACGAAAUCCUGCACAAGGAAGCCAAGCCCUUCCAGUGCGCCGACUGCGGGAAGCAGUUCAGCAGGAAGGGGCGCUACCUGAAGCAUGCGAAAGAGAAGCCCUACGAGUGCCCCGUGUGCGGCAAGGCCUUCUGCGAGAGGGGAGGCAUGGUCAGGCACCGGAAUCAGCACCCAGAUGAGCUGAGGGAAAAGUUUGCCUGCCCAGAAUGUGGGAAGGUUUUCAGCAAGAAAUCCAACCUGAGGAGCCACCAGAAACGCCACACGGCCGAGAGGCCCUUCAAGUGCUACGUCUGCGGGAAGAGGUUCAAGAAGAAAGGGGAGUUGGGGACGCACCAAAACAGCCACACUGGGGAGAGGCCCCACAAGUGCUUUGAGUGCGGGAAGAUGUUCGGUAGCAAAACAGCCCUCUAUCAACACCACCGGAUUCAUACAGGAGAGAAGCCCUACUCCUGCGCAGAGUGCGGGAAGCAGUUCGCUUUCAAAGGAAACCUCGAUCGGCAUCGGAGGAGCCAUGUUGGAUGAGGCAAGAUGGCGGCAGGGAAAUGGCCAGAAGCUGUGUGGCAGAAAAGGAGACAGCCCUCCACCCUGCCUUUUGUGUGUGUGUGUAUUGAAUGACUGUCUAGUUAGAGGAAGUCUCACCAAGUGUUUUGGACCACGAGGCACCCAUUUUGAAUUUUGAGGGUGGGCGAGGCAGCCAGCACCCCUCGCACAAAAAGCCUUACAGGGCCCCAUUUUAGGAAGUGAGAGCUGCUUGAACAGCACUUUGCCAAGGGCACGCUUAACCCUGUGUAGUGGUUUAAGAGACUUGAGGUCACAUCCACACAGUUCCUUCGAAGCAUGUGGGGCAGGAUUCAGCUAACUGGUCCCACUAGCAGAAGCCUGUGCAUUGAGGCUGCCCCACAUGUUCCUGAAACUGGCUCUGGAGGUGUCAGGGAAAGGGAGGAGAGGGGUGUUUGUUUUGUCUGGCUGGCUGAAAAGAUUGCACUGGCGGGACAAGAGAAGGUUAAGGCGUGGUAUGAUAGCCAUGUUCAAAUAUAUAAAAGGAUGUCAUACAGAGGAGGGAGAAAGGUUGUUU